CAAAAAAGAAAGAAACAAAGAACAUAUCUUUAUUUCUCUCACACACACACUAUAUAUAUACUUAGGUUCUUCAUUUUAGUUUGUAGCCAAAGAAAAAACAAAUAUGGAAGAAGUAGACAUACCACAAUAUUUUUUAUGUCCCAUAUCACUACAAAUCAUGAAAGAUCCGGUUACGACGGUUACCGGAAUAACAUAUGACCGGGAAAGUAUCGAGAUGUGGUUGUUAACGGCUGAGGAAGAGGUGGUAACCGCCACGUGUCCGGUGACAAAGCAACCAUUGCCUAAAGAUAUGGAGUUGUUGACUCCAAAUCAUAUGCUAAGGCGAUUAAUACAAGCAUGGUGCAUAGUUAACGGUGUUGACCGGAUUCCAACACCAAAGUAUCCUAUGAAUAAAUCGAAUAUUCUUCGAUUAAUCCGACAGGUGAAUAAUAAUGGUAAUAAUGAUCAACAGCUUUGUGUUGAUGCUUUGAGGAAAAUGGAUGAUUUGGUUAGUGAAAAUGAGAAGAAUGGGAAGUGCAUGGAGGAAGUUGGUGCACUUAAGGCUAUUGUUGGCUUUAUUUUGAGAAGUUACAAAAUUGGGAAAUUAUUACUUCCUGGCCUUGAAGAAGCUUUGAGGAUUUUUCAUUUGAUUUGGAAUCCAUCAAAUGGAGACAAGCAUCAUGUGAAGGAUAAUCAUGAAUUAGUCCAAGCUAUUUUAUGGAUUUUGAAGCAGGACGAAACGAAAAAUAGUUAUCACGUCCUGAUCAUUAAGACUCAUGCAAUGAUGGUCUUGAAGGACGUGAUAGAAGCCUCGAGUUCAAAUCUUCUAUCAGGAUUAGACCCCGAGUUUUUUCAAGGGAUACUGCAUACGUUACGGAAAAAUAGCAGAAACUACAUAUCACAACAGGCGACGAAAGCGGGCCUGCAGGUGCUAAUAGGUGCAUGUCCAUUUGGAAGGAAUAGGUUGAAAAUCGUAGAAUCAGGGGCUAUAUUCGAGCUCAUAGAUCUCGAAUUAACUAACCCUGAGAAAAGGGUUAGUGAAUUAGUGUUUUAUCUAUUGGCUCAUUUGUGUGUUUUGGCUGACGGGAGGGCAAAAUUCUUGGAACAUGCAGCUGGGAUUGCAUUGGUCACAAAGAGGACAUUGAGGAUUAGUUCAACUAUAGAUGAUAGUGCAAUUCAAAUUCUUGGUUUAAUCUCCAAAUUUUCAGCCACAAAUGAAGUUUUAUUGGAGAUGUUGAGAGUAGGGGCAGUGUCAAAAAUUUGUAUGGUGAUGCAAGCAGAUUGUGAAGUUCAUUUGAAGAAGAAAGCAAGAGAGAUAUUGAGAGCACAUUCACAUGUUUGGAGUAAUUCUCCAUGUAUACAAAUUUAUCUUUUGACAAGACAAUAGAGUAGGAGCAUUAUAACUUUUGACUACUUUUUUUUUCCUUCUAUAAUGCAGCAAUAUACAUCAUUUUUAUGACUGUAAAACAGCAAUCAAAAUUGUAUACAUAGAAAUUUAGAAACCACAAUAGUUAUUAUGAA